AUGGCCACGACGGGUGACGAUGUCGCAGCUGCUCGAUUGCAGUAUUCCUAUCUGGCCCUACACAACUCGGGCGGUACACCGAAAUGGCACGGUCCACCGGAUUCUCUACAGCGCAACUAUGACAUCGACGUGAUGCAGAUCGAAUUGCCUCAGUUGGUAACCUUUGUUACUGACGAUGUUGAUCUAACCGCGGCAUCAACAGGUCCGAGAUGCGCGGGGGUUGGACCCGAGCUGGUUCACCCGUCAGGAGCCGUAUACAACUACAAUGCGGGAAUGAAAACAUUCGCCGAAAUGAACUUGAGGACUUGUUCAGAGGAACGGCUCCGGAGGCUUGAGUCCUGGGUCAGAGCGUCAAGAGCCAAGCUAAACGGAAAGGGAUAUUUGCUAGUCGUGGAGCCGAUCGUAGUGCAAGAGAAGGAAGUCUAUCCGUACUAUUACGUCGUCCCAGAAAAUCAUAUCAUUACCUGGGUGGAGCCAGUGAAUGGCUACCUUCUUUUCCAGGAAUCUAUGGCAUCGCACUGGAAUCAUAAAAGACUCGAACUGGAGGCUCAAUUUUGGAAACAUGCCGAAUAUUUUCCUCACGAAAUCACAAUACCCCUCUCCGAAGUAAGAGCUUUGCGAAUUCAGCUGAACUGGUAUCGCGUAGAAGCAUUGGCCAUUGAACAGUCAACAGCGGCUUCAAUAUUCUGGACUCUGGACCAGAUGAAGGAAAUGACCGAUGAGCUGAUCAUUGCUGGCACGUACCUUUAUCUUCACCGUUCAACCCACAUUAAUAUUAUCAAAUUGAUGACUGACACAGAGGAACUUGCAGAACCUGAUGGGACCAUGAAGGGACCAGGUGUUGCAAUAUGUGGUGCGCAAAAUAUUGCAUAUGCUCCGUACGAUCCCGUUUUCUCAUACCAUACGUCAUUGAAUCAAGCGAUCAAAACAGGUCAUCACGAAUACCUGAACCAUUAUGGCCAACCCGAAGCUCGCCUGAUACGAAUGCACUCACUGGCCGAAAAACGCAGAGACCUCGAAGAUUCUCCCUUGAUCGCUGGCGCUGCAGCCGCCAUGCUUUGGAUUCCAUUGAUGAUGCUUAGACGCCUUAAAACGAUUUACGUUGAUGGUCUCGUGAAUGUGGUGGACAUAAGGAGUUUUACUGACAAUUUCAGUGCCCAGGCUAAAGCUCAAACCACCGUGGCAAGUGUCAUCAUGGCCGUCAACGCCAGCAUCCUUGCUGUCCCAGGUUUGGGCACGCAACUUACCACGAAAACGAUGUGCUCUAUCUCCUUCGUUCUCAGUUUCUACUGUAUUAUCGGGUGCGCAAUAGCACAACACUUUGGUCACAGGUUAAGAUCCCUUGACUUUGCGGUGUAUUAUCUACAGGAGAAGAUGGCCAGUCUUGCUAUCAUCGCAAGUAUACCGAGUUUUUUGUACCUGACGAGUUUGGGAUUUUCCAUCCUCGGAUUUCUGGCAGGUGUAUUUACUGCUGAAUUCGGACUAUCUUUGUCUGCAAGGAUUGGAUGCGUGCUGGCGCUCGUUGUUGGAGCGGGCCUCAUACUUCCGUUGACGAUAGCCAGUUUCGGUCCUGGCCUGAUUCGGUGA